ACGUCAAAGCUCUGAGAACAUUUUACAUUGUAGAAACGGAAGAUGUGAAUUACGCAUUUGAUAACAUAAACAUUUGAUAAAUAAUUUUACAAAUAAUAAUAAUAACACUAGUGUAUGGUUAAUGUUAAUUAAUUAUAGAAAACACUUUCGAAUUAUUAAAACCAGCCAUAAAAAUAUACUUGAAAAAUCUGAAAGCAAGUGUCGUCAUCAGUGAAAGUGUUCGAGUGAUUUAUUAUUAUUGUAUAUAUUUUUGCAAAACUAGCAAAAAAAAAAAAAAAGAAAAUCCUUGUCGAGGUCAUUUUGAAAACGAGAAAAAGUAAACCUAUAUGUAUAUAAUAAAAAUAUUUGGAUAAAGCGUUUUUUAAUAAAAUUCAUGUAACAACUUGUUGACCCCCUUUCUUGAGUUACUUAAAAAAACUUACAGUAGCAAGUAAAUAAUAAGAAAAUUAUUGAUUUAUACAAAAAUAAUUUAUCAAUAUUUUGUAACAGCUAGAAAACAAAAAACUUAACCACCCCCACCCACUUGCUAGCAGCAAGUAGAAAAAAGUAUUAAAUAGAAUGUGGGAACUUAAUGUAAUAACAAAAUGUGAUUAUAAUUGUUAAUAAUAUUUAAACUAAAAAUCAUUUAGUCAUUUGUAUUCAAGUGAUAAAGUAGUGUAUAUUGAACCAUUUAGUAUAUCUACUGGGUGUGUGUAAGAAUUUUUUUUCUUAAAACCAAUAAAGGCAAAACUACACGCAAGCUAGAAUAAUAAUAAAAUGCCAAAAAGUGAUUUCGAUUUUCCGAAACGUCCUCUAUUUCCAUUGGAUCCCAGCAGCAGCAAUGGAACAAGUAACACAUUAUACCACCACAACACAUCAUCCGGCUCAACGUCAACCUCAACCGGUAAACGUAUGUUUCUUUAUGCUUCAAGAGGUCUACGAGUUAUACAACUAAAUUGGAAAAUUUUCACAUCCGCCUUGGCCGUGACAUUGUUGGCCAUCAUUUGGUAUUAUCCCGUCUUCUUUCUAUUUCUACUAUUCGUUAUUUAUUCUCUACUUUUAGUGGUGGCCGCUGUGGCUGGUACGGUUUAUAUACAUUAUUUGUUUACCAGUAAGGAACCACCAAAACCAAGUCGUGAACCUUUAAACGUAUUAUACAAUGCAACCAAAAAUACUUUAUUUGAUUUACCCAAUCCCAUUAAAAAUGCCUCUAAUUUACCAUUAAUAUUUGGUAAAACAGUGGAUUUACAAAUACAACAAAUAAUUGAAUAUGUUUUAAGAGAUUUUAUGACAACAUGGCUGGGACAUGUCGUCACAAAACCCAAAUUAAUUAAUGAUAUUGUAAGAGAAGAUUUUUGGAAUGCCAUUGAAAAAAUGCACGAAAGAGGUAAAAAGAUAGAUGCCUCAAAAAUAAUAGCUGUAGAUAUGGUUAAUAGGGUAACCGUACAUUUAGAGAAAAUACGCAUAGCCGAGGCAAGAGCUGCCGAAACAAAUACUCCACCUGUUUUCUCUACCAAUUCAUAUUUGGUAGAUGAUGAAAAAGAAUUAGAAUUCCUGCGUAAAUUAUGUGAAAUCAUGAUAAUACUUUUGUUGCCCAGAGGCUAUUCCUUACCACCACUUAAGGUUUUAUUAAGUGAAAUUUUAUCUUAUAAAAUAUUCUUUCCCAUGAUUAAAAUGUUGACCUCACCUGAUUAUAUUAAUCAAAAGGUGGUACAAAAUAUUGAAAGUCGUUUGGCGGCAGCUGCCAUAAGUAAACGUAGUUAUGAAUAUGCUGCCAGUUUUGAGGAUUUUCUCAAGAUCAUUAACAAUUGUAAUAAUCUGGAGGAAUUGUCUUUGAUACGUAAAAGUAUUGUUAAUGAUUUAAUGCAUGCCACUACUGUACAAAAUUUACAACGUGCCAAAGGUAUUGAUCCAGAUAAUUAUCCCGAUCAUAAUCUUUCUAAAUCGGAUAUUGCGGCUGCCACAAGAUUGAAACGUUAUAUACAACAAUUAACCUAUGCCAAAGUACAAUGUGAAAAGAAUCUAGAGAAAUAUGGUUGGAAUGGCAAUUAUUCCAGUGAUGUGGAUUUAAGUUUAAUAGAAAUACUUAAUACUGCUGUGGGCAGACGUUAUUUGACUUUGUUUUUAGAACCUUUAAAGGCCAGUGCUUUGGUGGGUUUUUAUAUGGCUGUGGAGGAAAUGAAACAUGCACCCAAAUCGUCAGCCCAUCAAUUGGGUACGGAAAUAUUUUAUACUUAUAUAAGAGUUCCCAAAUCCGAAAUACAAUUCGAUAAACAUGAACGUAAACUAAUAGAAACUUUUCUCUUGGGUGACUCGGGACCAGAAAUAUUCUAUGACUUGCAAAAACAAAUACUCAAAACAUUAGAGGACAAAUACUAUCCGCCCUUUGUGCUGAGCGAACAAUAUCGUUUGCUUAAAGAGGCACUCGAUGCUGAAGACUAUAAAGAUCCCACCUUAUUAAUAUGCUCUCUAAGUGAUGUUCAUGAUGAACCCUCUGCCACGCUGGAUGGGGUAGAGGGUACACCUUCGGCCACCAUUGAUGUGGCUGCUCAUACUUCAUAUGCUCGCAAGAAACUAGAACAGAUACAGGAAAGAAUCGAUAAGAAAAAUCAAGCUUUGGAUGCUUUAAAAUAUUCCGUGAAAUCAGAUUCAAAAGUUUUACAAAUUUUGGAAAAAGAAAUGGAAUGGCUGAAGAAUAUAAAAAGGCAAACAGAGGCUCAUUUAAGGCGUACUGAUGCCUGGACCGAACAUUUGGGUAAAUGGAAGGCAACUUUACAAAGUGUAGAGAUAUCUGACGAAAAAGAAUCUUUGCAAUUUAUGAUAUUGGUUCAUGUAGAUGAAGAUAUUAAUGCUCCUGCAUCGUAUAAAACAACAAGCGGUAAACCAGAAGCCAGAACGGGUAGUAUAUCUAGUGGCUGGGUGGUUAUGAGAUCAUUAAAUCAAGUGCAUGAAUUGCAAAGGAAACUCCGACAUGUUAGUGCCAAUUUAAAAUCCUUUGAUUUGCCAACAAAUUUUAAGUUUUUCUUUUUGAAAAACGAUAAACAUGCCUUGGAAAAGGCCAAACAACAAAUUCAAAGAUUUCUAAAUAUUAUUUUAGAAGAUGACCAUUUAAAUGGUAGUGAAGCUAUUUACACUUUUCUAAGUCCUAGUUCAGAUCAUUUAAAACAAACUUUACCCUCACCGAAAAAGUCGAAAUUUUCUCUUUCUACACUUUUCAAAACGGAACCGGUGAAAGCAACGGAUGUGUCGGGCAAAUCUUCAGAUCCAUUUUGGGGUUUACAGCGAGACGAUGAAGACAUAUCAAAUUAUUUGGAAGGCGAUACGGCCACCGAUAAUAAAUUGCUAGCCGAUUUAGAUAAUAAAGACUCGAUUGCGGAACCUUUGUAUGCCUUGAUGGGUGAAAUAUUUGAUAUGGGUGGUGUGUUUAAGUGGCUGCGUAAAAGUAUUAUAUCAUUUGUACAAAUAACCUAUGGACGAACGAUUAACAGACAAAUACGAGAAUCCAUUUCUUAUCUAUUUGAAGAAUCUAUGCUGCAUUAUUAUUUUUCGGCUAUGCUUAAGUCGUUUUGGCCUGGCGGUGUUUUAGCCUCCGCCUAUCCCGUACGUUCGGAUGAUAUGAAAGAAAUGACUACAAAUGCUGCUAAAGCUUUACUUAUGGAUAAUAUACCCGAAGUUUUAUGCAAUCUGGUGGGAGCCCAGGCAGCCAAAAGUGGUAUUAUUAAAGUUUUUGAUGCUUUACAAAAUCCUAUCUACAACAAACAACUAUUUUAUGAAUUAUUAGAAAUUUUAAUGAUAGAAUUUUUUCCCGAAAUAAAACAACUUAAAAUUCAUACUCAUACAAACCAUACAACAGCUAACACUACUGGCAUAACGCAUAAAUUACAAAAUAAUAAUCAUAAUGAUAAACAACAACAACAACUACUGCAUCAUAAUACUGCUCAUCAUAGUAGCGCUAGUAGUGUGGCGUCUAAUAGUGGCGGUCAAUCAUCACACUCUAGUCAUUAUCAUCAUCAUACGGGAAAAUAAAUAUUUCGAAACAAAAAACAACAAACAAACAUAUUAAUUAAAAACAAAACUAUUAUCAGGUGCUGCAUAACCAAAUAUUAUAUAUUGGAAAACU